GCACAGCCAGCGCCAGCGAGGAAAAGCCGGAAAAACAGCGUGCUCCGAGAGGUUGUUUGGGUGAAUGCUGUGGUGUAGCGGAACGGUUCAAAGCGUAGCGCACGUUUGCACGUGGUUCGUCCGUUAGUUGGCAAUCAGUAGACUUGGCGUCUCCAUCGCAGGCGAACGCGCCUUUGGUGCGGUGCCGUUGCGCUAAGUGUUUGUGAUCAGUGCAAGUGGGAAAGUGCGUGCAAAGAUAUUACUAGAAGUGGGUGUCAAAUUGUGCAGUUUUUGUGUGUUAAAACCCAAAAUAAAAAUAAAAAUGAAACAAAUUCCUUUGGCGCCUCGCCGCUGAGGUGAACCCCCCGAACCGAGUGAACAACGUGAUUUCCGGUGCACAAAAUAUCUUCAACGGAUCAAAAAUCAAGCUCUCUCCCUCGCUCCCUCCGCCCCCAUUUUUCCAUCUACCCCUCCCUCAAAUGUACAGCCGCCGGACGGUGCAGUGUGACGGAGCUUUCAUUUACCGCGUACCCGGAACGAAAUCGGAGGAUCGUGCGAAAUGUUUCCAUGUGCUGAAAACAAUUCCACCAGUAGCAGCAGGAUCGCCAACAACAGCAGCAUAAUGAAGUUCUACCUAUUUCUCGCCAUCAUCGUGUGCGAAUCGUGCAAUUAUUUUUCCCACGCCGAAUAUGACUCCCUGGUCGAGUUGGCUGCCGGUCCCCUGGAGCUCGGAUCACUUAACGGUGGCCACCGGCUCGACGAAUCAGCCGAAACGAAUGGGGGCGAGUGGGCACCGUUCUACCCGUGGAGUGCGGCCAUCAAACGGAGCGCCAAAUCGGACAUUCAGACGCGUCGUCGCAGUGCGCUCGACAAGAACUUUAUGCGCUUUGGACGAUCGGACAAGGACAUGCUACGGCAGGCACGUGCCAAUCUGAUGCGUUUCGGUCGACCCGAUCGUAACUUCCUACGCUUCGGACGUGACCCGUACGCAGCGCUGCUGCACGACGACGAACUUAGCAAAGAGUAUGCCACCUCUACGGAACAGCUCGAACCACCGAACCAACCGUCAGUCGACGAACCCACGGCUGCGAAGCGUAAUGGUGGGCUCGGAGCUUCGGAAGAAAUGUUAAACACUGGUCUUUCGGAAUCGGGCGAACAGAUCAAGCCGAAACAAAUCCUUUACAUCCGCCGUGAUUCGCCGAAAAAUUUGAUGCGCUUCGGCAAAAGACGUUCGACCGGAUCGGGCUACAUGCGGUUCGGUCGUGCCGGGAACUUGAUGCGAUUCGGGCGAGCAAGCGACGAACCCUCGCUGGCACUGCUAGCAGCAAGCUCUCAGAUGGCACGAUCGACCCGUGCCGGACCGAACCUGAUGCGAUUCGGACGGACCAGUAAUCUGAUGCGCUUUGGACGGGCUGGCACGAACGGGACACGAACGGCGGCCGAAGAGCCAAACGCUGCCAGCUCCGGUCAAGCACCGGACACCGGUCUCCCGCCCAACCUGGUCGAACUGUUCGAGAAGGAACCGGACCGGAUGCUGCUGGAUGCGUUGGAAGCUGCCCAAGAAGCGGACGAACGUCUUCCGCUGUAUAUAGUGGAGAAGAAGUAGUGCGUACCGGGUGGAGCGAGAGCUUCUACCGAGGAAGAUCGCUAGCGUACACACACGUCACAGGACAUAUACACACGGGAAGCAAAAUGGUGUAUUGUUGAUAAAUUCACACACAUACCGAGAAUGUAGGUAACAAACGACAAGGCUGGUAUCAACAAUAUGGAA